GUGGGAAAGAAAGUGUCCCUCCCCCAGCCUCACUGUCUCUUCCCCUGCCAGACUCCUGCCCACCUCCACCUUGUGUGCCCACUGCCUGAGGCCUGGCCCGAGCCCCUCGAGCCAUGCAGCGACUCCUGACCCUGCUUCUCCUCACUGGUUCUGCGUGCUGUGCCCAGGAGAUGCAGGGCCCUGGCGGCGGCUCCUACUUCUACGUUCGGGGAGAAGAGCAGGGGGAGCUUCGGGGCAUCCGGGUCUUCGUGGGGCUGCUGGGCCUCAUCAAGGGCGUGCAGCUGCAAUUCGGACGCCACUGGAGCGCGCGCUAUGGAGCGCCUGGCGGCCACGCGCACGAAUUCCUGCUGCAGGCGGGCGAGCGAGUGACCGCGGUGGAGGGCAGCGCGCGCGCCUGCAUCCGCUACCUGCGAUGGACAACCAGCAGGGGGCGCCAGGCUGCCUUUGGGAGCCCGGGCGGCCGGCUCUUCAGCUCCCGGGCUCCAGUCCCAGGGCAGCAACUGCUGACUGCCAACGGCCAGCACCGGUUCUUAUGUCUUUCGGGAAUCGGCUUUAAGUGGGGAUUCGUCCAGGAGGCUCCCACCCCGGCGUCCACCGUAGCAUCCACUCUGUCACCCACCACUGCUCCUAGGCCAGAGAUCUCCCCAGUGUCCACCCUGCUGUCCACCACAGCCCCAAGCUCAGCGCCCACCCUUACGUCCACCCUGCCACCCACUGUGUCCCCCACCCCUGCAUCUACCCUGCCAUCUAUGGUGGCCCUCAGCCCAGUGCCCAUCCCUGCGCCAACUCUGCCAUCCAUGGUGGACCCCGGCCCAGCGCUCAUUGCUGCACCCACCCUGCCAUCCGCUCCCUAG